AUGACGUCCCAGGUGGAAAGUGCCCAGUGCAUGGCUGAGAUUAGCAGCACCAAAGUUGAGAAAAUACCGCUGAAGGACUUCAGUCCAACUGAGCAGCUUGCCCUUGCAUGGGUGAAGAGGCGGGUCAUUUUGAACUCCAUUACCACGAAUGGCUGGUUUCGCAACAUAACGGAGGUGCAAAAGAAGGCUGUGAUGGGCUAUAUUUCAGAGAUUGUCAGCCAAGCCAAUCUCAAGUUCACAUGCGAUAUAGAGACGACUCCCAAGGUAGUGAAGUGGGUCAUCAAGGCUCUUUUGCAUGAUCGUAAAGAACUUGCUCGAACUUCUGAGAAAUUCGUGGGUUGUCAAUACCUUCAAAUAUCAGGUCCCCCUGAGGACUGCCAAACUUAUAUGCAAAACCGCCGGCGUGAGGUGCUCGAUCCUAAGGCGCCCUUCAGCUAUUACCUACAUGGCCGUGAGAUCAUGGACAUGUUGGUCUUCAUCCUUCUGUUCAUGAACCCUGGGGUGGAAGAAGCGCAUAUACAUCAUUGGUAUCAUUCCAAAAACACACCCCUCCAAGAUGAGGACAUGCAAAACCAGAUGAUGACCACCCCUACUCAGAUGUUAGCACAGUCGGCAGCCGCAAUGACUUUAGCAAUCUGGCGCAUUGUGAGCAGAAAAACCAAGAUCCACUUUGGCACAGAGCUGCAUGCCGACUACCAGGACACCGUCCAUCAAGCGAUAUUGCUGGCACUGGCAUCUCCUAUCCAUGGGCCAGCAUUGGCAGUGCAUUUGCUAGCUCUCCAUGGAAGAGGCAUGAAUGCUCUUCGCGGCACAAUUGGUUUGGAUGUUGCUGUGGAAGAAGUAUACAAUCCCAUUACUGUAGAGGACCUAGAAGUAGUGCAGGAGGCAUUGCAGCUCGCACAGGCUACUGGUUUGCACCUCCAGGCCUCCACGGUGGAGUACUCCCUAGCACGAGACUACUACACCACACCCAUUCACAUCCCUGAGACCCUAGAGGAGCUAGUCCUACCGCUAGCUGAUGUUGCCCAGCCUUCUGAGUCGACCAUACACUCUCUAACAAGUCAGUCAUUGGCAGCAACCGGCGCGCAGUCAACUACAGCUUCUCCCCCACCCACUACUAUAGAUCCCAGAUUGUUCUCACUGCACGCGCCCGCACUGCGGCAAGAUUUUGCUGAUGACUUCUUAGCAUUUUCUCAAGGUUAUCCAGACAUGUAG